AUGGGAUUUAUUUCGUCGUUGCUGUGUUGCUCUUCUUCUCAAGCCGGCAACCAGAGGCAGAACGAAAAGCCGAAAGACGCUUUAACAGCGCAACAAUCGAGAAUCCACGCAACAUUAUCGAGUUCUACGCGCAAAAUGGGGCCAUCUGGAACGACGCGUUCAACGAAUGCGGGCACCAGAAAGAGCCAUGGUCAUAGAGGUGCAGGUCCGAAAAGUGGGGGUGUUAAAACUGCUGAAGUCGCGCCGGUAGCAGGGGCGCGGGAAGCUCGGAAACCUGAGAAGGACCAGAAACCGUCUGGGCGUAGAAAUCAUUUGGAUGAGGAAUCUGAAGAUGCAAUGGAUGUCGACGAGGACGAAAUUUCGCAGAAAGAGGACAAAUUGGUGACCGUUUACAACGGAGAAACCGAGUCGAGCACUGGGACUGCAGAUGAGCACGCGGUAGCGGGGAAUCAUGCUGCGGUAAGCGGCCCAGCAAGUGGUGUAAGCAGCCAAUCGCAUAUGCAUCAGUCCGAUAUACCUCACAAGCCCAACCACGAAGAAGAAACCAACGAAGUGACCACCGUUGUACAUGAGGCAGACCAUUCAAGCAGUGCAGAGGAAUCAGAAGACAGUGAUCAGGAAAAUAGUGACGUCGACGUUUCUCCGUCGUAUGAGUACGAGGACAACAACGAAGGUGCUGUGAUAAACCUGUCAUUGUUGCAACCGGAUCAAGCACGCGCUCCUGGGUUCAAUACGUUACUGGCACCCACCAAUCCAAAAUUUAGUGGCAAAAAGUGUCUCAUUUUGGAUUUGGACGAAACUUUGGUGCAUUCGUCUUUCAAAUACCUGCGAUCUGCAGAUUUUGUCAUCCCCGUUGAAAUAGACGAUCAAGUUCACAACGUUUACGUUAUCAAAAGACCGGGCGUGGACGAAUUCUUGAAAAUGGUGGGGCAAAUUUACGAAGUUGUGGUAUUUACCGCUAGUGUUUCUCGCUAUGGCGAUCCUUUGCUUGACGUACUUGACCGUCAUCAUUCGAUACAUCAUCGACUUUUCAGAGACUCGUGCUAUAACUACGAAGGAAACUACAUCAAGAAUCUAUCACAGAUAGGCAGGCCCUUAGCCGAGAUCAUUAUCCUGGACAACUCUCCAGCGUCAUACAUUUUCCAUCCACAGCAUGCUAUACCAAUAUCGUCUUGGUUCUCAGACGUACAUGACAAUGAACUUAUGGACAUCAUGCCCUUGUUGGAAGAUCUAGCCCAAGAAAAAGUACCAGAUGUUGGGCAGAUUUUGGAUGUGACCAUAUAA